GCGCGCGCGCGCCCCCGCGGCGGGACUCCGGACGGUAUAAAAACCUCCGGGCGCCGGCAGUGAGGGACUCGGAGGACUGCGGACGUCUCAGGUGCAUCUGUCUGACAACCAACCAUGAAGGCUGUAGCUCUGAUCCUCGCCUUGGCUCUCGUCGCUGGAUGCCAUGCCCGCGCUGUGCGCCAGGCCGACGCCACUCCGAACCAGUGGGAGCAGACUCUGGAUCAGUUCUGGGACUACAUCUCCGAGCUCAACAGCAAAGCCGAUGGAGUGGUGGAGAACCUGAAGGCCUCGCAGCUCAGCAGGGAGCUCGACACGCUGAUCACCGACACCAUGGCCGAGCUGGCUGUGUACAGAGAGGACGUCCGGACCAAGCUGGGCCCAUACACCCAGGACGCCGCCAACCAGCUGACCCGGGACCUGCAGCUCCUGGUCAGCAAACUGCAGACGGAUAUGCUGGACGCCAAGGACCGCAGCACCCAGUAUCUGGGCGAGCUCAAGACCAUGAUGGAGCAGAACGCCGACGACGUCCACAACCGCGUCAACGCCUACACCCGCAAGCUGAAGAAGCGCCUGAACAAGGACGCCGAGGAGAUCAGAGACACCGUGGCCACCUACCUGGGCGAGCUCCAGUCCCGCACCUCCCAGAACCUGGACACGGUGAAGGAGAAAGUGGAGCCCUACGUCAGCCAGGCGCACGACACCGCCGCGGAGAAGCUGAGCACCCUGACGGCCCUGCUGAAGAGCCAAGCCGAGGGCCUGGGCCAGCAGCUGGAGGUGCAGGCGGGGGGCCUGAAGGAGCAGCUGGAGUCCACCGCCCAGGAGCUGCGCACCAACCUGGAGGGCAAGAUCGACGAGCUGAGCGACCUCAUCUCCCCCUACGCCGCCAAGAUCCGCGAGCAGAUCCAGACCGUCAUGGACAAGGUCAAGGAGACCACCACCAUGUAAACACAAGGACUCAGGGGUUGGAAGGGGGUUGUUGAUGGGGGUCUAGGAGAAAGGAGGGAGUUGAGUGUUACUGAUGAUGUCUUAGUGACUGUGGGCGGUUGUGGUGUUUCGGGAUUGGGGGGGGAGGGGUAGUACAGAUGACGGGUUGGGGGGGGGUGGGGGGUGGGGGUAGAGGAUGACAGGACGGUUAGCGUUUCUCGUUGUCUGUUAAGGUCUCGUCUGCUGUUCCGAUCGCUCGAUUUUUUAUUUUUAUUUUUUUGUUGCUUCGUCUCGCCCUCUUCGUCACCUCCCCCGGGUCGCCGAACGCCACGCCCAUUAACAAAGCCCUUCACACACAGCCGGGAGGCCCAGCUCCCUCAUCCGCCAUGCUUGUCCGCCACGAGUAAACCGCUCUAGCUGUCCAACCCCCACCCCCACCCCCACCCUGUGAGGCCUCCCCCCCGCGUCUAUCGGCUCCCUCCACCCUUCCGUUGUCCACAUAAGAGACGGGUCACAGCGACCGUACCCACAGACCUGGAGAUAAAUAGGCACUAACACCAACCAACGCCGUCCUCGAAUGCAUCCGACCACAAGUGCCACCUUUUGUUGUUGUUGUUGUUGUUGUUGUUGUUGUUGCCCCGAGCUCGGCCCGGUGUCCGUUUCCACGCCGAGGCGAAAUGAAAUUCCGCCAAAUUGCCCCGGCCGUGCUUCCCGCCUCCUCUCUUCUCCCUACUCUAACAUCCGCUGUCCUUUUUUUUUCCCAGUUUGUUGGGAUUUACAAAGAAGCGUGCGUGUGUGCGUGUGUGCGAUGUGACUCGACAAUCAGUGUGCGGUGUGUAAACGCCGUCAAGUGUGUUCUUCUUGGCCCGGCCCGAGGGCCUCGGGUCGGUCGUGGGCCCGCCGUGGUGCAGUGCCUGUUUGUGUGCACGUCUGUCUGGGUGCACACACUCCGAUGUAUUGACAAGUGCCGAGUGAAUAAAACACCUACAAAACUACACAA